AUGAAGGUUUUCGUAACUGGCGCAUCCGGCUUCAUUGGCCAAGCUGUUGUCCGUGAGCUCCUCGACCAUGGCCAUCUGGUUCUUGGUCUGGCCAGGAGCGUCAAGAGUGCCGAAGCCCUAAAAAAGCUGGGAGCGGAACCCGUACGAGGAACUCUUGACGAUCCGGAGAUCCUCAAGCAAGCCGCUACUGCCUCGGACGGAGUUAUUCACCUCGCCUUCAAGCAUGAAGAGAUGGCCGACUAUGUGCGUAUCUGUGACGAGGAUCGCAAGACUGUCACGCUCCUCUGUGAGGCCCUCGAGGGCACAAACAAGCCAUUCGUCGGCACCUCAGGCACCCUCACGGUGGCCCAUGCUGACUUGGCCACGGAGAGCGAUGUGGCCGAUUUUUCGAACCCCGUGUCUUCAGGCCGUGCAAAGAAUGAUGCCGUGGCCCUUGGAUUCGCCAGCAAGGGCGUACGUUCCAUGAUUAUCCGACUGCCGCCUACCAAUCAUGGUGAGGGAGAUCAUGGGUUUGUCUACAUGAUGGCUGCCAAGGCAAAAGAGCAGGGAGUCUCUGUCUAUAGCGACAAGGGAGAAAACCGCUGGCCCGCCGUCCAUCGAAACGACACAGCCAAGCUCUACAGGCUCGUGUUGGAAAAUGGCAAGGCGGGAUCUUACUACCAUGCCGUUGCUGAGCAAGCUGUAACCCUCAAAGAGAUUGCUGAGGCACUUGGUCAGCAGCUGGGCGUUCCAGCUGUUAGCAAAACGGCGGAGGAGACGUCGGCACAUUUCGGCUUCCUCUCAUUCGCCAUCAUGGCAGACAACGCCGUUUCCAGCGAGAAGACUAGAGAGGAGCUAGGCUGGACUCCUGUUGAGAAAUCACUACUGCAUGACAUCAAGGCGGGAGCAUACCGCCUAGGCUAG